GAUGACGUUGACAACAUGGCGGACAGCCUGGUAGCGUUAGGCCUCGGGGCUUGGCUCUCGGAGCAAAGCGAACGGCUCGGGAUCCGGCAACCGACCCCCGUGCAGCAGCACUGUAUCCCGGCCAUUCUCCGGGGACAGGACUGUAUGGGCUGUGCCCAAACUGGCAGCGGGAAAACCGCAGCAUUUGUUCUCCCAAUCCUUCAGAAGCUGUCAGAGGAUCCAUAUGGAAUAUUCUGCUUGGUGCUGGCUCCCACCAGGGAGUUGGUCUAUCAGAUUGCUGAACAGUUUCGAGUCCUGGGGAAACCUCUGGGUUUGAAGGAUUGUGUUGUUGUUGGUGGAAUCGAUAUGGUCUCACAGGCUCUAGAACUCUCUAGAAAACCUCAUGUUGUCAUCGCAACUCCAGGCCGUCUGGCUGACCACAUCCGGAGUAGUAACACCUUCAACUUGAAGAAAAUAAAGUUUCUGGUGCUGGAUGAAGCUGAUAGAUUGCUGGAGCAAGGCUGCACAGAUUUCACUCAGGACCUGGAAUUGAUUCUCAGUGCUGUCCCAGCCAAACGGCAAACUCUACUGUUCAGUGCGACCCUUACUGACACGUUACAGGAGCUGAAGAAGAUUGCCAUGAACAAGCCUUUCUUCUGGGAAUCAAAGACAGAAGUUCGCACGGUGACGGAGUUGGAUCAACGUUAUCUCCUUGUUCCCGAACGGGUGAAAGAAGCUUUCCUCGUUCAGAUUAUCCAGAAGUUUCAGGAUGAACAUGAGGAUUGGUCCAUUAUCAUUUUCACAAGCACAUGCAAAAUGUGUCAGAUUUUGAACAUGAUGUUGCGGAGGUUCAACUUUCCCUGUGGAGCCCUACACUCAAUGAUGAAGCAGAAGCAGCGGUUUUCCACACUUGCGAAGUUCAAGUCGAGCAUUUUCAAGAUCCUUGUGGCCACAGAUGUCGCUUCUCGUGGUCUCGAUAUUCCUACAGUCCAUGUUGUCAUCAAUCACAACACACCUGGACUGCCGAAAAUCUACAUCCACCGUGUAGGCCGCACAGCCCGAGCAGGUCGCCAUGGCAUCUCUAUCACUCUGGUUACUCAGUACGACAUUUACUUGGUUCAUGCAAUUGAGCAGGAAACAAAGAUGAAACUGAAGGAGUUUUCAGUAGAUGAGGAGAAGGUGCUGAAGAUUCUCACCCAUGUGAACGUGACUCGGCGAGAGUGUGAGAUUGAACUUGAGUCAACUGACUUUGAUGAAAAGAAGGAAAUCAACAAAAGGAAGCAGAUGAUUUUAGAAGGAAAGGACCCUGAUGUAGAGUUAAAGAGAAAAAUGGAGCUGGAGAAAAUAAAGGAAGGAAAGAGGAAGUUUCAGCAGAGAAUACAUGAGACUUUGGAGAGACGGGCAGCAACUCGACUCAAACACAAGCUGCUGAAGAAAAGAAAACAAGCAAAGAGAGCAGGAGGGCUCACAGCCGGAAAGGAUGAACUACCAUAAACAAAUGCAACUAUGAACUUCUAACAAUUCUGCCAGAAAGCCAAAACAAAAAAAAACAAAAUUUCAUAAAAGGAGAAGCCCCUUCAGCCUGAUCCCGUGCCCGAAAACAUCUCGACCACUUGACAGGAGGGCCUACAGAGUUCACACCUGCCCCAAGUCCACAACAGCUGCCUGUCAGACCGCCGGCCACCAGUAGGAUUGGCAUUUGCUGAAUAAAGAGACUAUUGCAUGGAGGAAGCACAGUUGCUCAAAGGCAUACAUUAUAUGUACAGCCAUGAAAGAGACAACAGGCUAACCCAGUGUUCCUCAGCAACACAGCCCAAAUCUUUAAAUCAAUCCGAUUGUUACUGUAGAAUUAAUGAAUGGGAUUGACAUUAGCAAAGAGAGAUUGGGCAGUGAAAGAGUGAAGCUGUAAGUGGAACAAGCAUGUUCCCUGUGCAGCCUUUGUACCUUCAAGCAAAACAGACUCUAUUUAAGAUGUUUUAAACGUGAGUCAAUAGUUGAAAGUCAGGUCCUGCAGUGACAUUCACCUUGCACACAAAUACUGUGCCUUUUGUUUUGGUUGAAUUUCUGGACAGAUGCAAGGAUUUUCCAAUAUUCUGUAAUGGGCAACACAUUGAGUUGGCUGCCAGGUCUUUUAGAGAAGCUGUGGUUUGUAUUGCAGCUAGUUGGAUUUGCCGUACUCUACCUGGUAGUCAGAACUUUCUCACUUCAAUUCAUGUGGAAAGACAGACUUCAUAAACCAGAGAAGAUAAGAUUCUCUCUGUACAACAGAAACUGCAAUACAUAGUAUUACAGACAAAGUCCUUCUGCAUUCAUUCUAGAUUAAAACCCCAGCUUUUAUGAUUUGAUGUUCAAGACCGUAGCCCUGAACUUUAACAUGAAUGCAGGAGACAAUUGUCCAAGCUUACUGUUUGCUUCUCGGUGAUGGCAAGUUCUUUAAAAAACAGCUUAGGUUUUCUAAAACAAAAAGUUUUAGUUAGGUUAGGAUAUGGGCUGGGGCCAAACAGAAACCCUGCCAGUGUCCACACAAUACUAGUCUUUGCACUGACAUAACUACAUGUACAAACUGUUCUAAAAUGUACUUGUUUUAAAGUAAUAAAUGCAAAUGACAAAUUAAAUGGAACAAAUUAA